AUGAAUGUUAUACUGAAGAACUGAAGGGUUUGAAAAGGUCAUAACUUGUUCGCUUUCAAUCUUUCGUAUUUGUGAGCUGGAAAAUGGUGUUCAUUUGAGGGAUGUUGUUUUUCACACGUCAUAUUGAAAAAAAAUCCACUAAUUAUAUUUCUAAAUAAAAUAAUAAAAGGACACGUGUAAAAGUUAGUUUUGUUUAAUAUUAUUCAGUUUUUCAGUGGCUAUCUUAUGUGUAUUGAUUUUUAUAUCAAAUUAUAUUAAUAUUAAUUAAUAUUAAUAUGAUUCGAUUUCAUUUUUAUAUCAAGUUAUAUUGUAUUAAUUAUAUCAAAUUAUAUUAAUAUUAGAUUAGGCUUAUGGUUACAUUAUUUCUAACGAAUAUCUUUUCUUCUUUAAUUAUUAAUAAUCCUCAAUUUUCAAUGGGUUUAUACUUUACGUAUAUUUAAGAUGGUUAUUCAUGAUGUAAUGUUCACUUUUUAGUAUUUACAUAUAUGCUUGCAAUAAAUUUUUAUACACAUUUUUAGAUUGGUUCGUUAGUGUUGUAAUUAUUAUAGUUUUGAAAUUAUAAUACACUUUCGUUUAAUAUUAAUAAACUUUUAAGCUUCUCUUAUUUCAGUUCCCUCACUCUUAAUUUUCUAUGCAGAUGCAUUUUACGAUGAGAUAAAUUUAAUCUGUGAUAAACAAUACACCUGUAUCGCUCAUGUUCUAAUACUAAUAAAUAGCCGAUGCUUCGUAAAAUUUAUGUAAAUUGUUCGAAUAUGAUUGAGCUAUUCAUAUGUACUUCAAUCCCUUUAACAUCUUAACGUUAAAGAUAUAUAAUUCGAAGUGAUUUGAACUAUCUCUGCAAAAUGAAUUUCCAACUACCUUCAAUCACUACAUUUUCAUCUUUCAUCAGCCUUUCAUUUGAGUUGUGAUGUUACGCUCCUGACAGGUAUUAUGAUUUUUUUUCCAUCUAGGGAAACGACUUUAAGGAAUCGAAAGUUCAUUCUCUGUAAACAGAAGAAGAACUUUACUGAGUGCUUCUCCGAACAAACGAACACACCUGUAUUGUCACAGCGAUCAUAACAGCUUCAAGAUCAUCAACGGUCAUAAAUAAUGAACAACUAACGCGGAUUGGUUAAUCAUCGAGUAAGAGAAAUCCCCCUUUUCAGCCGACGUGCUCGUCACACUUCAUUUCCAAUCAGAUCGUCGAGGUAAGAGUGUUGUAAUCGACAUGGUGAUCGAAACCGCUGUACUUAUAUUCUAUACUUGAAUUCUCGUGAAACGAACGUGCCGAUUAUUAUUAUCCAGUAUCAGCAUACGAAUAAUAUCGCGACUCGUUGAAGAUCUUUCGCAGAGAACGAAUUUUGUUUUUUUUUUUGUCGAGCCAGUGCUGAGCUCGAUAAUUUUGAAAUUUUUAAUUUCGUUAUAUUCCGAAACAGGGACAAUUUGAUCAGGCGAUCGGACUGAAUUCUCUCGCUGCGGUUACGGCAAAGGUUAGACUCUGUCUGUUUUCUCAAGAGUUUUUUUGAAAAGUUAUAAUAAAACUUUAACUACUAAGUCAUUCUAUGAAGUUUAUGCUCUCCAAAAUUGAUUCGUAUAGACGAUCCAUGUACCUCGUAAAAGUAAACUAACUUUCCUACUUCUAAUUUCUAAUUGACGAUCUGUUGAUUCAUUCUGUUGAUUUAGAAUUAUCUCGCGACUAGCUAACGAGCAAUUGUUGAAUUACAGAAUGCCCACCAUGCGAUGGAAUUUUUGGAUGGAAAAUCGAUGGGAAAAAAACUCCAAAGAUUACACUUCGAAAGAGCUGAUCGAGAUGAUGAUUGCCGACUUGAAAAAUAUUUAUCCACAUGCUGCCAAUAAGUUAAAUCAUUCAACGGCCCAGUUUGUCUGCAAUCAAUGCACAACGCGCUUGUCCAUUUUAAGGAUGCAAGCAAUAAUCGUAAAAAGACCAAGAUUCGUGAAAUGUGAAACAGCUUGA